AACAGCGAGAGGGCUGCCGUUGAAGCCCGGACUAUUACAUCCAAAACUCCAAAUCCUCAGCGCAAAGGCCAUCUCAAGCCCAGUUUUGUCUUCCACAAAGCAAACAAGUAACAACACAAUGGCCGCACCACCCACUAACUAUUGGGACCCAAGGACAUCAUGCCACCGUGACGUCCUCAGGAUCGCACGCGUCGGGAAGGAUUAUCGAGAGGAAGAUGUAGUGUGGCAUGCGUGGCUGCAGCUUCUCUUUAUAUACUUCCCUCCCUACGCGACGAACGGCCGACUGUACGGUGUUCGGAAGGAGGCUUACCGUGGUGAAAUUGGGCCGACAACCAGCGCGCCGGGUCGCAGGGCCAAUGUUAUUGUCGUCCAGAUGGCGCCUGUGCCUACCCCGGCGGCCAACCCACAGGGCCUCCCCGACCCAAACGUAUCGGACCCAACGCGGGACAUCCUUUGGGUUCACUGCAAGGCCCCAUGCGAGGACACGCCCGGCGGCUGGAAGGAGCUCAUGGAGCAAGCCGGUACUCAGGUCAACGCGGCGCACCCGAAUCGUAUGCUAUACGUUAUCCUCGCCAUCGGGUUGAAGUGGAUGUUCUUCAAAUGGGACCCAUUAACAACCCCGGGAGCGCCGCUCCAGGUCCGGGCACACCAUCACGACGACGUAACUUGGACCUUGAGGCCACAGUACCAAUACGAGCCUGCGGUAGCUGGCCAGUCUCUCGGACAGAUGGAUAUCGUGGACACGAGCUUGGCCUUAUUCGCUCGACUUCUUCACCCCCGAACCCCAAAUCCAAUCCGAGCAGCGACCCCUGAACGCCUUUGCAAUGCAGCUUCUGGAAAGGUGUCUGCGUCAUGUCCAGAACACCAAUUUCCCUGGCGAUAAUCCCCCGUCAUUUCACUAGUAUUCACCUGGCGUACACAACUGACGUGCUCUUGACAACGACGUCCAUGUUGGUUCUAGUUUGGGUGUUAAUUGUUGGACAUAGUUCGCUAAUUGAUAAUUCUUCACCAUUCUUGACUUGGUCGUACGCA